ACCUUGGAAGUCAGACGCUGAAGCUUCCAUCUGAUCCUCCCCUGUCCUACAAAAGCUCAAGAACCUCAAGCUAAGCAAAAACCAUCUACAAAAUGACACUCACAAAACUCUCAACUGAGCCAGCCUCUUUCAAAUUCAGCACAGUCCCUGGGUGUUUCCUUCAAGAUGAGCCAAGCACCGACCCAGACACCUUCGACUAUUCAUCCACCAAUUUCGGGCUGAUUUCCAAAGAAUAUGACCACGAGACUGGCAAUUCCCAAAACGAUACUCAAUGGCAACGUUUCGCAAAGCACAUGACCCAUCUCAAUGAGACCGCUGAUUCACAAACCAAAUAUAAAGUCCUUUUUCUGGGACGACACGGAGAAGGUGUACACAAUGUUGCUGAGCGGCGAUACGGGACUAAAGCCUGGGAUGAGUACUGGUCCCUCCUAGAUGGAGACGAAUUCGGCACUUGGUCAGAUGCCCACCUCACAGAGAUAGGCAUUGCCCAGGCCCAGACUGCCCAUGAUACAUGGGUCUGUCAAUGGGCGACUGGUAUCCCAGCGCCGCAGUCAUACUAUGUUAGCCCGUUACAUCGGUGCUGCCAGACGGCGCAGGUUACGUUUGAAGGGUUGGAUAUGCCGUUGACGAAUCCUUUUCAACCGCUUGUGAAGGAGUUACUCCGCGAAACCAUGGGCGAGCACACCUGUGACCGCCGUUCAACCAAGUCGGCUAUCGCAGCGGAUUUCCCACGGUACCGGUUGGAGCCACGCUUUACGGAGGAAGAUGGACUUUGGGAUCCGAAGGUUCGCGAGUCGGAUGAACAUCGGGAUCGGCGAUUGCUGGAGUUGUUGAAUGAUAUUUUCGGUACGGAUGAGAAUGUUUUUCUUUCUUUGACGGCGCAUUCGGGUGCUAUUACGAGUAUUUUGCAGGUUGUUGGGCACCGGAAGUUCCCGCUGGCGACUGGGGCGGUUAUUCCGGUUGUUGUUAAGGCAGAGAAGCAGUCAUGAGUCGUCUACUUGGCAUCGGCUAUGUGAAGAUGAGGACAUGGUU